AUGAAAAUACUCAGGCGAGUCUCUCUUAUCGCAUUCGCUCUAUCGUUGCUGGCAUAUUGGCUGGUGCUACCACUGAUCGCCAACCGAACGGAUGCCAAGCUCAACUCGGUCAUUAAACACGUGCCUUACUCGGUCAGCGCAGAGGCUGCCGCGCUGCAUUCCGAACUACGUCUAGCCGACUUGCACGGCGAUGCGUUGCUGUGGCGUCGAGACUUAUUGAAACGCCACACGCGUGGCCACAUUGACUUACCGAGACUGACUGAGGGUGGCUUUGCGUUGCAGGUUUUCCCCUCGGUAACCAAGUCGCCAAGCGGGCUAAACUACCAGAGCAAUUCAGGCACCAGUACCGAUCAGAUCACACUACUGGCCGUUGCCUCUCACUGGCCCGUGCGAACCUGGAACAGUCUGUAUGAGCGGGCCAGAUUUCAUGCCGAGCGGUUAAACGAAUUUGCGCGUCAAUCCGACGGCAGCUUGCGCGUCGUGCGCACCCAGCGUGAGCUCCGCGCUGCCCUGACUGAACAGGCAAUCGCCGGGAUCCUUGCCACCGAGGGCGCCCAUCCGUUAGAGGGCGAUUUGGCAAAAGUUGAGGGUCUGUUCACGGCGGGCUACCGCGUCAUUGGGCUGCAACAUUUCUUCGACAACAGGCUGGGGGGAUCGCUACACGGAAUCGGCAAGGGUGGGUUAAGCGACUUCGGCCGGCAAGUGGUGCACGAACUGGAUCGUCGGAAAAUCGUGAUUGAUGUUGCCCAUUCCUCUGAAGCAGUUGUACGAGACGUACUGGCGAUCAGCCAACGACCUCUCAUCGUGUCGCACACGGGCAUAAAGAGCCUCUGCGACACCCCUCGGAAUAUCUCAGAUGAGCUACUGCAACAGAUCGCCGCGCGGGGCGGGCUGAUCGGCAUCGGUUUUUGGGACGGCGCCAUCUGUGACAUCAGUCCGCAGGGCAUUGCCAGGACACUGAGCCGAGGUAUCGAGCUGUUAGGCCACCAACACCUGGCGCUGGGGUCGGAUUUCGAUGGCACGGUCACCACCGCGUUGGAUGCCAGCGAAAUGGUCGCCAUCACCAAUGCGUUGCUCGAUGUGGGCGUUCCGCGCUCCCAGAUCCGUGCAGUGAUGGGUGAAAACGCGAUUGAGUUCUUUCUGCAGCAGCUGCCGCAAUAG